AUGGCGUCCACAACUCCGCACUCGUCUGCUCCGAGGAGGUCAAAGGAGUCGGAGCGGAUAGGCAGCUUUCAGCGCCAUGAAGAGAUUGGUCGAGGGAGCUUUGCAACCGUCUACAAGGCCAUCCAUACUACCGGAUCGGGUGUGCAGAGCAUCGUGGCGAUCAAAUCUGUCAACAUGUCCAAGUUGAACAAGAAGUUGAAGGACAACCUGACGUCGGAGAUUUCGAUCCUCAAAGGCCUCCAUCAUCCCCAUAUUGUAGCCCUUAUCGACUGCAAAGAAUCGAGUGCUCACAUACAUCUGGUCAUGGAAUACGUUGCUCUGGGUGAUCUUUCCCACUUUAUCAAGAGACGAAAUGAGAUCAAGGACAGUGACUUGGUAGGUAACAUGGUGGUCAAAUAUCCCAAUCCUCGGUACGGUGGGCUUCACGAAGUGGUGGUCCGGCACUUCCUAAAGCAACUUGCCAGCGCGUUACAGUUUCUGCGAGCUAAAAAUCUCAUCCAUCGAGAUGUCAAACCCCAGAAUCUCCUGUUGAACCCGUCCCCUGACUACUUCGAAAAACACAAGCCACAUCCUAUGCCUUACAAAGUCGGCGACGACUCGCUCAAUCCCGUAACUGGCAUCAAAUCAUUGCCUAUGCUCAAGAUUGCAGAUUUUGGGUUUGCUCGGUCACUGCCUUCGACAGCCCUUGCCGAGACCUUGUGUGGCUCACCGCUCUACAUGGCUCCUGAGAUCUUACGGUACGAGAAAUACGGGGCAAAGGCGGAUCUUUGGUCUGUGGGAACCGUACUCUUCGAGAUGAUGACCGCCCGGCCUCCUUUCCGGGCCUCGAAUCAUGUCGAGUUGCUUCGAAAAAUCGAGAAGAGCGAGGACAAGCUCAAGUUUGGGGAUGAAUACAUAAUCACCGAAGAAAUGAAGAAGCUCAUCCGCGCACUUCUUAAGAGAGAUCCGGAGGAGAGGCUUUCAUUUCCCGAUUUCUUCAGCAACGAGAUUGUGGCAGGUCCCAUUCCUGGUUUACACCCAGAGGAUAUGCCCCAAGAUCCCGUCCAACCCCGGAACGACCGUCGGCGAAACAGCCGAACUGAUCCCGUAGGGCUAGCUCGCCCAGGCUCACGAAAGGAACCGCAAAGUCCUUAUACUGAUUCUUCCAAGACCGCAUCGGAGGAAACUAUACCAAGGCGAUACAGCCGGCCAUUAUCCGGGACAAAGGAUCAAAUUAUCACGCAAAGAAUCACAAACGAAGAGCUCCAAGCAACUCUCGAGUCUCCUGCUAGUCCAGCUGAAGGACGUCCUGCUCUCCACCCUCAUGCCACCGCACCCGCCAGGCAAGAGCUCGUACUUCGUCCAUUGUCAGCUCCAAUGGCCCGCCAGACAAGCACAGGCUCGCACAAGCUGCCCCCGUCUUCGUUGCGUAGCCAAGUCUACGACGAAGACCAGGAAGCCGCGCUGCGCAAGGAACAGGAAGAGAAGGAACGGGAGCGGGUUGCGCAAGACAUUGCCUUCGAGAGAGAUUACGUCCUAGUGGAGAAGAAGGCGGUGGAGGUCAACGCCUUGGCUGAUGAGCUUGAAGCCAGCCCACGGCUGAACAGGAAUUCUCUCCAGGCUGCCGUGUCCCCCAAGUCGGGAGCGAUGAUCCGGAGAGCCACGACACAAGGCCCGCCUAACUCUGCAACGGGCGCUCAAACGAGCGCUUCUCGGGCCGUCCAAAUCGCCUCAGGGAGGAGACCGGAGUCACUUCAUCAGCGCCAAAACUCGUACGAGCGACGAUAUGGCCCAAGCCCUGCUUCGGCAACUUCAGCGAUUUCAAAGGCUCUGAAUAUGGCAAGCGGUCGACUCUUCGGGGUGGGAUUCUCUCCCCCAGUUAACUUGAUCCGUGGCGGCAAGUCUCCCCCAAUCAACUAUAGCCCGUUUCCUACAUAUCCUGGAGCACAAAGUAGCCUGGUAGUAAUUGGUGAUUCUAAGGGAACACCAGCCGACGAAGACACCAAAUUCGUGCAGACUGUGGAGGAAAUUGCCACCAGGAGCGAUGUCGUGUAUGGAUUUGCGGAGGUCAAAUACAAGCAAUUGAUUCCUGCUGGCCCCUCCCACCCCGGACUCGGCUUGCGCAAUGCAUCCGGCGAUAACAUCGCUGGGGGCCCAUUUGGUGCCUCUAACGAAGACCUCACCAUCGAAGCUGUCGUGAUCGUGGCGGAGGAGGCUUUGGUGCUCUACGUGAAAGCGUUGGCUCUGCUCGCCAAAGGCAUGGACAUUGCGGCACGUUGGUGGGCGCGCAAGAAUCGCGCUGACGCUACUGGCGACAACGUCACGUACCGGUCCAGCGCAAACUCGGCUGCAGCAGGCCAGAGGAUGAACAACGUCGUGCAAUGGAUUCGGAAUCGCUUUAACGAAGUUCUCGAAAAGGCAGACCUGGUUCGACUGAAACUCAUCGAUAGCCAGCGGCGCCUGCCUGAAGAUCAUCCCAGUCACCCCAACAACGUCUCGACCACAACUGCAUCAAGUGCCGGCUUAGGGACCUCGGCAGAUCAAGUGGUUGUGAGUUCUGGCAUUACUGCCGAGAAGCUCAUGUAUGACCGAGCCUUGGAAAUGAGUCGAGCAGCCGCAAUCAAUGAGCUGACCAAUGAAGACCUGGUUGGAUGCGAGAUCUCAUAUGUUACGGCAAUCCGGAUGUUAGAAGCUGUCCUGGAGAAUGACGACGACAACCUGUCCAGAAAUGGUAGUGGCACGAGCGAUCAAGAUGAGAAAGAGGAUUUGGCUCCCAUUAAUGGACUGGAAGCUGAAGAUAGGAGGACCGUGAAGAAUUUGGUGGCAAGCAUUCGUCAACGCCUGACCAUCAUACGGAGAAAGCUUCAAGUCAUCCAGAAGCGUGCAUCGGCACCGGCCGUUGCCUCUCCAAGCAGGGCAUCUCCUCCUAUUUCGUACCGGAGUAGCAACCCAACUACAGGUACUGCAGCUACACCUCCGCGGUCAUGA